GAUGAAACCGAAAAAGAAGGAAAGGUCUCCCUAUUUACUGGGGAGGUUAAACUGGAGAACAUAGUUAUCCCUGCGGCAGCUACUAAGCCUAAAUCCAAAGUAGAAGAGCAUGAUGAAGAACAACCCCAAAUUUUACCCAUAUCACAAGAACUGGAGGAUGGGCAGGUGGUUAGUGAUACAAAUAAAAAUGAUAUGGAUACCCAUCCAUCCUUGCCAUUAAAGGAGGAAGUCAACGCUGAGAGAAGGCGCCUAAGUUUCCAAGCAAUGGAUGAGAGCAGUGAAAGUGAGCUCACACCCUCACCCUCACCUAAAGUCCAGCAGAGAAAGCUAGAGGUGAGCAAUGUUUCAUCUAGCAGUGAGGACAUCAAAACUGAAAGUGCUGAUUCUUAUAUGGAAGAUGAAGAGUUCAUCCGCAGGCAGAUACUGGGUAUGGGGGAUGAAGAAGAAAUGUCUCUUUCAGAAGAUGAAAAAGAAAAGGAUCUGGCAAAUGAGAAAGCAAUCAAGGGGGCUGAGCUUGAUAAUUCUUCAGUGACAGCUAAAUCACUGUCAAGAAAAAGUAGCACAGAUAAUGAAGACAGCCUAGCCAAGAACAAGGUCCUCCCAAAAACUGACACUGCAACUAAUCAAGAUGUUCCUGAAACACUGCCCAGUACUACUUUCAAGAAAGCUACUCUAGCCAUGAGACAGAGACAAAGCACUGAUGAGGAAGUAGAGAGCAUUACAGAAUCCCUGUCAAAGGGAUCAUCUAGUGUUCAGGCAUCUAGCUUUACUCCAGGAGCUUCACCUACAUCAGCUUCAUCUCUGGAGGAGGACAGUGAUAGCAGCCCCAGUCACAGGAAAAUCAGUGGGGACAAACAGCAUCGCAAAGCUAAGCACAGGCAGCCAACACAGCCUCUCCCUACCAUUGAAGACUCCUCUGAGGAUGAAAAGAUGAGGGAGGAAGAGAAGAUUAAGAAAGAGAAAGAUGAACUUAGGGCCCAUGACCGACCACUGUCUCCAGCUGAAGUACCUUCCUCCACUGAGGAUCUGAGACAGGCCACUGUAAUGGAUGAAACCAGUAGAACGGCUGGCUCUGAGUACUCUGCAAGUAUAGAAUCAGAAAGAGAGGCUAGGCAAGCUCUGCAUAGAGGACGUAAGCCUUCACCAACAGUGAUACCAUACAUUUCUUCUGAUCCAUUUAAAGAAAAGGAUACUGUGACAAAAUUAUUGAGGAGUGCUGAAGAAGCAUAUGAGGAAAUUAUUCAGAAGACAAAAGCUAUUCCAGGGGAGAGUCCUCCUGAUAUAGAGCCACUCUAUGGAGGAAUGGCAAUAGAGGACUAUCUUUAUGAAUCCUUAGUUGAGGAACAUGAAAUUAAGAUGAGUGAGUCUCAAGAGGAAGAACUGAAACAGGAUACCAGUUCUGAAUCUCUCAAAAAACUCAGGUCUCCAGAGGAGGUUUAUGAGGAGAUGAUGCAGAAAAAGAGAGAAUUGAUGAUGAUAGAGCAAGAGUUUCAACAGGCCCAGACUGCCAUGGAAACUUCCUCAUCAGGGGCUUCAUUCACUGGGGUUUCCUUGGAUGCUGAGACCUGUGUGGUGACCAUAGCCACAGAAGAGACCUCACUCUCUGAACAAAUUGAUACGCCUCCUACAGGGAUAGAAACUUCCAGUGAAUUGCCAGUGAAGAAAAAGAAACGUCCAGCUCCACCACGCCCCACUGAACCUCCAAAGCGCUCAGAGGUAACUGUUGCUCCCAGUACUCCUAGUGGAUCUAUAGGUUUUGUUAGGCCUAUGGUUCCUCAAGAUCCUGCACUCAGAAAGGCAUUGUUCCCCAUACCAGACCUCAAGAUUACCCAGUGUUCAUCUGGGGAGGAAGAGGAUGACAGUCUUGCAGACGAGUAUGGUGUUGGUAUUUCCUCUGACAUUACACCCAGUGAUGACUCUGAGACUAAAGAAGAUCAAUCCAUAAGCCCACCUUUAUCUGAAACACCUGAGAUGGAACCUAUCUGUGUGGUCUGUGAAAUUCCGGAGCCAAAACCUAUUCCAACCCCAAUAUCUGCACCAGAGCUGACCACUACACCCUCCCCCGUAUCACCAUUGUCACCUCCAACUUCACCAGCCACUCCAGAUUCCAGUUUGGCUUCUAAUGCUACAUCUUCAUCCUCAUUCCAGGCUCAAACACCUCUUUCAUCAGAUUCAACGCCACUGUCUACACCAACGCCUCCAACUUCAUUUGUAACCCAAUCACCCCCAGAGAUCUUGCCACCAUCACCUGCCACAACUGCAUGCGUACAGUCGAGUGGGGGAUUAAUCUCUUAUCCCACCCCAACCACAGUUAUAGUUACAAUUCCAGAUGUGGUGUCUGAUCCUGCCAAAGGUCAGACAACUGCCAUAGUUCCAGUUAAGGCUUCUACAGCUGAAACCCCAACUCCAGCACGAGUGGAGACAUCUACACUUGUACCUAUUGUGGUUCAAAUGCCAGACUUGGUUUCAUCUCCGUCUCAGGUGCCUAUUGAGGCUCCAGCUGUUAUACAGGUCUCAGCACCGAGUCCAGCACCUGUUGUUGUUUCAGCUCAACCUACAGCCCUAGUAUCAGCUACACCUGUAACAGUCUCCACUCCAGCUCCAACCCAUGUUGUUUCUGCUUCUAUGACUCUGGCUUCAUGUCCUGGGCCAGUCAUUGUCCAGAUGCCUGACCUGGUUUCAACUACAUCUCCAAUGUCUGCACAAACCUCACUACCAGUAUCAGCACUUGUCACUACCCCAGCUCAAGCCCAAGCCAAAGUGUUACACUCGGUCCCUGUGCAACCAGCCGUCCCAUCUAUGAGCCCAGUGGUAGGCCCAGCUCCUACUCAAACAGCCCAGGUUCCUGCACCAGCUCCAGCAUCAACUACUAUAGUCAAAAAGAAGGUUCCGCCCCCUCCUCCCCCUCGGUCUACUUCAGUAUCAUUACCUGAGCCUAAUACAGAGCUGCCACUUGCAAGGCCUAUUCAGCAGGUCACCACUACUGUGACCAGCACCGUAGCUAUAGGAACCACAGUGUCUGGUCAGCCAAUGCAGUCUGUAGUUGUGGAUAUACAGCCAAGAAUGGAAGACAUACAACCAGAUAGUGUGGCCGUACCUCAAGUAGUGACCCCAACCAGACAAGGGCAUGUAGUUAUUAUAGUGCCCAGUGUGGAAAACAUAUCUCUGCUUGGACAAACCCCACAAGAUAUAACUAGUGCAGGGCCAAUUGCUUCCACUCCUUAUCUGCCACAAGUUAGUCAAAUAGCCAAACACCCUGCUUCAAAUAUACCCAGCACAGAUUCAGCUUUGAUAACCAGUGAGGUGUCAGUAGUCCCGGUGGCUUCAGCUCCACCACUUUCACCUAAACCUAUGGCAGAGACAAAAGUGAUAGACAUAGUAGAAAUACCUGUAGCAGAUACACCUCUGCCACCUCCUACCACUGUCCCCAAACCAACUGGUUAUCCAAAGCCACCAGUUUCAACUGCAGUGACAAUUGCUACACCAACAGUUCCACAAGUUUUUGUUACAAGUGGUCCUAGUCAAACUACCAAACCUCCUCCACCUAUACCACCUAAGCCUAUAUCAAUUCCAGCAGGACUGGUUUUCAGCCACAAGCCAGGAGAGAGUGUCAAGCCACCUCCUCCUCCUGUGGUUCCCAAAGCUGCAACACUGCCUAGGACCAAAGAACCACCAAAUGCUCUGUCACUUAGCCUUACACGACCUGUGGAGUCUAAGUUGGGUGCAACAUCUCCUAAGUCACCUUUGUCUCCUAGAUAUGCAAAAUGUUUGCAAACUUAUGUUGUGAUAACCCUUCCAUCUGAGCCUGGCUCACCAACAGAGGGAAUAACAGUCCAGGCACCUGUAAGACGAGGCUCCAUUCCAUCUGCAAAAGUGUCAGGGGUACGGACCACACCUUCAGAGCAAAAAACACCCACUGAGGCAUUUUCAGCACUGGCUACAGUUAGGAGAGCCUCUGUCCCCACUGUAAGGCAUCCACUUCCAACACCUGUAUCUCCAAAUGUGGCAGUAGAGCAAGUUACAGCUUCUGAGGAAGUAGUUGCUAAAAUGCAAGCCAGGAGAGACUCUCUGCCUUCUGUAGUGCAACCACCACCAUAUGUGGCUGAUGCUAUCACACUGUCAUCAGGUCAGGACACUUCUAUAAAGGUAUAUAGUGUACCUCCUCCAAUUAAGAAACCAUAUGUGCAGCAGCAACAAUCAAUUACUCAGCCACUGCCACCACCUAAAGCAAUGUCGGAGGUCAUCACAGUGCCUCCAGAGACAAGGGUUCUUAUUCAACCACUAACAGUCCAAGCCACAGCAAGAGCACAGUCUGUACCAUCAGUUUCUCAGCAUCCAAACAUAGCCACACAGAUCAUAACAGUUUUACCAGAGAUGUCAACUGAGGUACUAGUUCAUCAGGCCCCAAUAACAACUGUACCUGUGCAGCCACAGCCUCUGACGGAUGUUGUUUUGUCAGUGCAGCCUGAGGUACCUUUAGAUAUACUAUUUCCCCAAAAUAGACAAGCUGCAUUCCCCUCAACUGAUUUUUAUCCAUAUGUUGCAACACAGAUAGAAAUGGUUCAAAAAGAGCAGGAUAUACCUACUGAUGUCAUUGUCACUGAGGCAGUUACAAUAAGAUCACCGAUACCAGGAGUUAGUCAGCAAAUUCCUGUUCAGCAGCAACUUACAAUAGUUGAAGCGUUGACUCACUCUACAGAGCAAGAUUUGCCAACAGGUUUUAACAAUACUUACACCACUGCUGAGCUCCCAUCAGUACCACAAGAAGGUCUGCCUUUAGUGACAGGGCAGCUAUCUACACAACAACCACUUCUUGUAGCUGAAGUCGUGACCUUUCCUACAAAGUUUGAAUUACCUACAGAAGUCAUUACAACAGACUCUGCUGUUAGAAUGCCAGGAGUAGCAACAGUAUUUCCAGUACCUCAUCCUCUACCUGAAGUUACCUCAGCACCUGAAGUAGCUAAGUUAAUGCAACUAACUACAGUUGCUAAGAUGACAACUCCAACAACUGGUGAAGUAACACCAUCACCUCUUGGGGUGGAAGUUCAACAAAUGGUAGUACAGCCAGAACUACCUCAGGUCUAUGGAGCAAUUACAUCAACAGUCAUGUCACAUUCAACACCACCACUCGAGGUCAUAUCGUUGCAGCCAGAACGUGAAACACCCACAGAGAUUAUGACAAAGGAUGUUGAUAUAAGAAGAGUUUCAAUGCAGCCUCAGGCAGCGGCUGGGAUGCCAGUAGAAGUUAUUACAGCUGAAGAAACCACCAGUAGGAGGAGAACAUCUAUAUCUUCCAUGGUACAGCAACCAUACACCACAAGUGAGAUAUUUACUUAUCCUGCAGAGUACGAAAUGCCCACACAGGUGGUUACAACUGAGGCCUUUGCUUCCACCAGGAGAGAAUCCAAAACCAUGCAGCAACCAUUACAGUUGGCACAGGUAGUAAACAUGCCAGCUGAAAGAGAUGUUUGUAUUGAUGGUCAUGCUGUUCAGGUUCCCUAUAGGAGAGGAUCUAUUCCUUCAACAGAACAAAGACCACAAGUAUUACCUUGUUCAUCAGAAUAUGAUCAUCCUCUGGAAAUAAUAACCACUGAAGCAUACACCAGGAGAACUUCAAUUCCCACUGCACUGGACAUUCCACAGGGUGUAUCUGUGGCUCCAGUCACCAUCACUAAAAUUCAGCAAGAAUCUAUUGAGAGCCAAGAAAUUCGAGGACCAGAAAAGGUUGUCUCGAGUAUGAGUCACAUGUAUUCUUCCUCAAUUUCCACUUCAGGCCAGCCUCCUGAAAACCUGCCUAGCCUGGUCACCCAGGUGGUCACUACUGAGGUCCAGAGGACCACUGUUUCUGUUGUCCAUGAAAGACUUCCUCAGAUCCCCCAACCCAGUGUGGCAAUCACUAUACAACCAGACGUAGCUAAAGUUCAAACUCUACCAAAACAGAAUGGGAAAAUAAUCUACCCUGGUGAUGUUAUCGAUUUACGUACCAUGAAGGUUGGCGUAAAGAUGACUGAACAAGGCAUGGAUCUGACACCGCCUGAGUCAUGUCGACAGUCUUUUUCAAGUGACACUAGUGGGCGUCAAAUCACAGCAGUGCAACCUGAGAUUGUAAAUCUUAGUGCAGAGAUCACCCCUGCAACCACACUGUCUGUUGUCACUGACAGCAUCACAAUAGUCACAUGCACAGCCACCAUUGCCUCAUAUAACAACACUCCAGCAGAGAAACCGCUUGAUUUGCAGGGCCCUGUUACAUCAUUGCCUCUGCCUCUCACUACAUACAAACCAUUUGAACCGCUAGCACAGAUUGUAUACAGACCUGUGAACUCCCAAGCUGUAGUCAGUGCUAUAGCAUCUACAGCUCAAGACAUACCCAUUAAUCUUUCAUUUGGAGUCUCCACAGGAGGCAAACAGGCAAUUACUGCAGGCCCAGCAGCUAUCAGCAAUGGAUAUCCUGUCCUUUCUCUGGAGGCCACAGGGGCCAUGGAUCUUUCAAACUAUAGACCAAUGAGAGCUAUGGUAGCUUUGUCUGGCACAAGCCCAGGGGUAGUGACCACUGUUGUAGAGGAUGAUGGGAUUCCAGUUGACCUUACAGCUGGUAGGAGGAGUGUGUGCUGUGAUGUCAUUUACAAGCUACCAUUCACAGGAAGCUGCAGAACACAGCCUCCGGUUACAACCCAACCUGACAACCGUUUUGGCUAUAGAGAUGAUCACUACCAAUAUGACAAUGCUGGACUGUAUGGUGUUAAAGGCAUGCAUGGUAUACAAGCCUCAAUGUCGGAAACCAACCUGACAGAGGCAGGACUGUUCCCCUAUGAUCCCAAGAAUGACUAUGACUAUCUCAGUGGAUCUUCAGAUGGCGCCAUAGACCUUACUGCUGCCAAACUUUCUGCUGGUAAAGCUCUAGACUACACUAGCAAAGCUACUGGAGGCUACCCUGGGAUGACUACUGCUCCAUAUUCCCAGGUCCCUGCAGCUGGGUUUGGUGUAAAUAGUGUUUUAAGAACCUCAGAUGGAAUAGUUUACUCCUCUGUUGCUGCCCCAGUUCCAUCCACGUAUGCAAUUACAACUCAACCAGGUUCCGUCUUUAGCACUACCUUAACACCUACGUCAACAGUCCAGAACCAGACAUUGCCACAUCCGUAUGGUUUCAUUCCCAGUACAGACCCCGGACAGAUAAUCCCUUUUGACACCGGGCUACCUAAGGAGCUUUUACCCACUGCUUUGGCUGACAUUAUAACAGGGUAUCCGGACAUGUACUCGGAUACCACCCUGGAAGCAAUAGCUGCCUCUCUGGAUGCCUUAGCAUCCUCCCCAAUAUUCCCUGGCUUAGACAACACCAAGAUGGCCCAGUAUCAAAUGGAAAGGGAGUUUCUAGAGCUAGAGAAGCUUAAGCAGUUAUGUCUCGCUGAGGAACUGGAGUGGGAGAGGCUUGAAAUCCAACGUUACCGUGAACAGGAGCAGCUUAUGGUCCAAAGAGAGCUUGAGGAGCUUCAGGCUCUGAAACAGCAGCUUCUUCUACAGCAAGAGGAAGAGCACCAUGCCCAUAUGGUGGCCCAGCAGGAGACCUAUGCCCAGCAGAAAGAGCAGUUGCAACAAAUCCAACAACUCCAACUGCAACUGCAGCGGCAGUUAGAUGAGCACUAUGGUAGCACUGGUACCACAGGGAACCUCCUUGAUGCUAAAUAUGCUGGGGUAGGGGACAGUGGUCAGUACUGGCCUGUCAAAGACGAGUCUACAGUUCCAUCUGUUGGGACACAGUUUGAUGAAAGUCAGGACCAGCUUAAUCUAGUAAAGAAGCUUCAAGCUGAUCAGGACACAGGGAAAAAAAUAAUUGAUAGUGGAGUGCAGACAGAUGAUGAAGACUCAGCAGAGAAGCAGCAUGUAGGAAGGAGAAAGAAGAAUAAGAGAAAUGUUGAUAGCUCAGCUCAGACUGAUGAUGAGGACCAAGAUGAAUGGGAUGCACCCACAAAAGCUCGACGACGCUCUCGAAAACAUAGCAGUGAUGGGAAACAUGGCUUCAAGGUCUCUAGCAUUGCUAUCCAGACAGUGGCAGAGAUAUCAGUCCAGACUGACCACUCUGGAAGUAUCAAACGACCCAGUGUCCAAAUGGACACUAAAGUUGAAAUCAUCAAGCAUAUCUCAGCUCCAGAGAACUCUCAGAGAGGUGGUAGUCUGAGCUGUCAGACAGAUCCAGACAGAAGGCACCCACCCAUUGAGGUGGGCUACAGCACACACCUAACAGCUGAUGUCCCCUCUAAGUCUAAAGUCUUCUACAACCCAGUCUCUCCCCUUUCUCCGGAAAAGUCACUUGGAGGGCAAAGAAUGUUGACAGCUGACCCAACCAGAUUUUCCUCUGGUCCUCGGCUAUUAAAGGCUGGUCAGAAGUCUCUAUCUGAUCCUAAAUCCCUUAGUCCUACCACAGAAGACAGGAUGGGUGGAUACUAUGCAGACAGCUAUUCUGGCCGAGGCUCUCCCUCUGGCACAGGUAAGAAGGUAAAACGGACACUACCAGACCCCCCUCCUGAGGACGACUCUCUGACAGGACGGUCAGGCUACAGCACCAACUCUGCUCGUCGCCGUCUUGCCCGCAGUACAACAAUGGCCCGUGCAAAGAUCCUGCAGGACAUUGACAAAGAGCUGGAUCUGGUGGAGAGAGAAUCUUCUAAACUUCGCAAGAAACAGGCUGAGCUAGAUGAAGAGGAAAAGGAGAUUGACGCCAAGCUACGAUACCUGGAGAUGGGUAUCAACCGGCGUAAGGAAGCCUUGCUGAAGGAGAGAGAAAAGAGAGAAAGGGCCUAUCUCCAGGGGGUGGCAGAGGAAAGAGACUACAUGUCAGACAGUGAGGUUAGCAACAUCAGGGAAGCCAGGGCUGAUGGCCUGGAGAGACCACGCACUGCUCCCCAGUCGGAGUUUGACCAAUUCAUUCCCCCACAGACAGAAGCUGAUUCCCAGUACAACACGCUAACUAGUCCCUACUCUCAUUAUGCUCAGUAUGUUCCACAGACCCAAACUACCAGCCACUACACGCAGCAGAACCUGUAUCAGCAGCAGUCCAUUUACCACCAACAGGUGUCUCCUUACCCAACCCUAUCCCUCUCCCAUGCCCAGGCUCAACCUAGCAGCUACCAACAUGCUCUGCUUUUGCAACAGGGAAAGCAGCGACAAACCACCCUGUCUGAUUUAGAGCCUAAGAUCACCACCAACUAUGAAGUGAUGCGCAACCAGCCUCUGCUCAUUGUGCCAACCUCCACAGAAGGUGGCUAUGGGGUGGCUCACCUGGGGGGCAAGUAUGGCAACUUGGACUUGAGGCUGGGACUAGAGGAGAGGAGCAUGGCUUCUAGUCCCAUGUCUAGCAUUUCUGCUGAUUCCUUUUACGCUGAUAUUGACCACCACAACGCCAGGAACUACGUGCUCAUAGAGGACAUAGGGGAGCUAACAAAGGCAUCAACAGGGUUGAGCAACACCGGCUUGGGUUCUGGAUUCAACCUGCCUGAUAAGGAGUUGUCCAAGGCAGACAGACUACUAAGGGCGGCAGAAGUCAGGCGCACAGCAGAGGUGGCAGAUUUUUUAGGCUCAUCUCGGCUUCAGAGUUAUACUAAAGGAGAAGAUGACACUAUGGAGGAACCUUAUGAACUGAAGCUACUGAAGCAGCAGAUUAAGCAAGAGUUCAGACGAGGAACUGAGGGACUAGAACACUUAACAGGCCUGGGCCUGCCCCAGUAUCUCCCCAGUGAUAGCAGUUUUCGCCACUUUCCUAAAGGAGAAAAAUAUAGCAUUGGCAGGCUCACCCUUGAAAAACAGGCUGCAAAGCAACUCCCAGCAGCUGUUCUUUACCAGAAACAAAUGAAGAACAAAAAGGCCCUAAUAGACCCUAAGGCCAUUACUAAAUUUUCCCCAAUUCAGGAGAGUAGGGACCUGGAGCCUGACUUUGGCAGCUACAUAGGAUCUGGAGCUUCCUCUGUGACCAAUCUAGCUGCCACGGCUAGGUUACUCCAGGAUGAGAUUACAUUUGGGCUAAGAAAGAACUUGUCGGAGCAGCAAAAAUAUUUGGGCUCCUCCCUGGGGGCCAACCUAGCUGGUUCUCUUAAUCUUGGGCAAUCCCUUGGACUUGGAUCCACUAUCAGGUCCACUGCCCAAGAUGAUGGCACCUACCCAAGUGGCACCCGUUCCCGACCCUCAUCACGCCCCUCCUCCCGCCCCUCUUCUGUCUAUGGCUUGGAUCUAUCUAUCAAACGGGACUUAUCCAGCUCCUCACUUAGACUUAAAACAGAAGGAGAUGUUCUGGAUGCAGCAUUUGCCCCUGGGGUGGCCAGAGCAAAGCCCACUAGUUUACCUAUCAGCCAAAGCCGGGGCCGUAUUCCCAUUGUGGCUCAGAACUCUGAAGAGGAGAGCCCUCUGAGCCCUGUAGGGCAGCCUAUGGGUAUGGCUAGAGCCUCAGCUGGACCUCUCCCUCCCAUCUCUGCUGACUCCAGGGACCAAUUUGGGUCUAGCCAUUCCCUGCCAGAGGUACAGCAACAUAUGAGGGAGGAAUCUCGGACGCGUGGCUAUGAUCGAGACAUCGCAUUCAUCAUGGAUGACUUGCAAGGCGCCAUGUCUGACAGCGAAGCCUACCACUUGAGGAGAGAGGACACAGAUUGGUUUGAUAAGCCAAGAGAAGGGCAUCCACAGAGUGGAAACAUGUCAGACAGGAGACAGAUGAAACUGGUCCCUUAUGCCUUCCCUCACACCUGUAUCAAGCUCAAGAGAGACUUGAAGGACACCAGUGUGUCAGGGAAUGGACUUGGGAUCCGUGUGGUGGGUGGGAAGGAGAUUCCAGGGAGCCGAGGAGAGAUUGGAGCCUAUAUUGCCAAGGUUAUCCCUGGUGGUGUGGCAGAACAAACAGGAAAAGUUGUAGAGGGAAUGCAGGUGUUGGAGUGGAAUGGAGUCCCUCUGACGGCAAAGACUUAUGAAGAAGUGCAGUGCAUCAUGGGCCAGCCAUGUGCAGAGGCGGAGCUCUGCGUGAGGCUCGACCUUAAUAUGCUGUCUGACCCUGAGCACCCACAAGCCCUGGAGCACCAUGUCCAGCUUAAGGCUGGUGGGCAACGUUCCCCAGGUGUGGACCCUAAGCAGUUGGCUGCAGAACUGCAGAAGGUGUCCCUGCAGCAGGGUCCUGGUGUGGCAGGAGCAGGGGUUGGGCCUGCGGGUUUGGGGGUACCCUCUGCACUGGAGCGCUCUGCCCUCCUCCACUCGGGUACUGGGUCAGCUGCCUCCAGUGGUGUGCCAAGCCCCGGCCAGCCUGCAUCCCCGGCCAUAAACAAGAAACAACGACACAAGACAACAGAGGUAAUGAAAAUACCUCAUCCCAUCACUGGAGAAAUUCAGCUCCAGAUCAACUAUGACAGGAACCUAGGAAACCUGAUCGUUCACGUCCUGCAGGCUAGAAACCUGGCCCAGAGGGACAACGACGGCUACUCUGACCCUUUUGUCAAAGUUUACCUCUUACCUGGGAGAGGUGCUGAUAACAAGAGAAGGACCAGGUAUGCCCAGAAGACCAUGAACCCAGAAUGGAACCAGACUGUCAUCUACAAGAAUAUUCAUUUGGAGCAGUUAAAGAAAAAGACGCUGGAGGUAACAGUGUGGGACUAUGACAGAUCCUCCUCCAAUGACUUUCUUGGAGAAGUGUUGAUUGACUUGUCGAACACUGCCCAGCUAGACAACACUCCUCGCUGGCUGCCUCUGAAGGAGCAGAGUGAGAGCAUUGAGCACAGCAGAGCCCACCAUGCUGCUCAAGGCCCACCAGGGUCUGGCUCAGGUCAGGGUCAUGGUCAGGGACACAGCCAAGGCUAUAUGUCAGUGCCUGGGAUGGGGCUGGGGCAUGGAAUGGGACAGGGUCAAGCACCAGGACAGGGAGAUGGGAGUCAUGAUUCACCUAAAAACUCUGUAAUCAAGAGCAGAAGCCACGGAAUCUUCCCUGAUCCAGCCAAAGACAUGCAGAUGAUGCCUUUGGAAAAGUCACACAGCAGCCCAGGCAGUUCGAAGUCUUCCUCUGAUGGCCAACUGCGCUCCCAUGGCCCCUCCCGAAGCCAAAGCAAGAGCAGCGUCACUCAGGCCCACCUUGAGGACGCAGGAAUAGCCAUUGCUGCCGCCGAGGCUGCUGUGCAACAAUCCCGCCUGCAACCAAGUGGUAAAACACAAGUAAUGGGGGAGAUCAAGGUUGCUCUCAAGAAGGAGGUGAAGACGGAAGGGGACCAACUGGUCUUGGAGAUCCUUCAAUGCAGAAACAUCACUUACAAGUUCAAGAGUCCAGACCACCUACCAGAUCUGUACGUGAAGUUGUAUGUGGUGAAUGUAGCCACUCAGAAGAGGAUCAUCAAAAAGAAGACCAGAGUUUGUCGACAUGACAGAGAACCCUCUUUCAAUGAGACCUUCAGAUUCCCCCUCAACCCAACUGGACAUUCUAUACAGCUUUUCUUGGUGUCCAAUGGAGGCAAGUUCAUGAAGAAGACCCUGAUAGGGGAAGCCUACAUCUGGCUAGAUAAGGUGGACAUGAGGAAGAGAGUGGUAAGCUGGCACAAGUUGUUUGUCAGCUCCACUCAGACCAACCCUUGAGCACCACACCGACAAGUUGGAUAUAGGAUAAGCUUAGAUAAAGAUGAAGCCAGAAUGUACUAGUUCAAAGGUCCGGUUUGACAAAAAGAUGAAUAAGAGAAAAAAAAAAAAUAAAGAAGAGGAAAUAAAAAAAAAGAUCCAUUUAAUUCCUCCAUUCUUCCUUUACUUCCUCAGUUCAUACGUUAUAAGAAGUAGGGAAUUAUGUGCUAAUACCAUAACAACUGUAUCAGUCCAACACUGCCAGCACACAUCCACCUCCUCCCAUGUCGGGUCUCUGUUGGCUGUGGACUUUACUUGUACGAUGCAAACAUGCAAACGCCACAGCAGGCACUAAAACAGACUUAGCAGCAAUAUGGCUAUGAGAGCAGUGAUGUCUUUCUUACCAUAGUUCCAAUUCCACAAUCCACAUGACACUUUGUUAUUUUGGUGCUGUGCAACUGAGCUAACAUAUCUAUCAGAGGGAAAGAUGAAAAAAAAGGUGAAUUUGAUCACAUAAUCAUCAACUGAAUUAGCAUUGUGUUUUCUUCAUAUGGGAGUCCCCAUUGUAUUGCUCACAUAAUGGUUUUGAUGUGAUCAUGGAUCAGUGUUCUUGAAAUAUUUAUUGAUGAAGGAAUGCAUACCGUUUUUGUAUCAUAGUCUUUCAGUUUCAAGUAAAAAGAAAAAAAAACAACAAAGCCUAUGUAGAACAGAGUCAGACAGUUGACUUUUGCUAUGGGAUGAAGAUAAAAUGUACAGCACCUCAGAUUGUAGAUAUCACAAAUGCAGACUACAAAGCAUAUCAGAUAAUCACAUUGUACAGUGUGACGUUUAUAUAAUAUACAAAGAUAUAGAUGCAGAAUAUAUCUAAAUAUAAUAUACAGUAACAGUUCUCUUGUCACUAAAUAUAUAUUAAAAUAUAGACAUAUGAUCUCUGUGGCUGUGGGUGGCGCACUGACAAUCCAGUAGGCUACUUUAGUCUAUGGUGUAGGCAGUCUUAAUAGCUGUUAUGUGAAUGUGGACCUAUGUGAGCUCAAGGAUGUUCAUGAAAAAUAGCUCCUUCGGUCCUCUGAUCACGCUGACGCACCACUAGAUAUUCAACAGGGCUGUGAUAAAUUAACAUUUGGUCAAGGUCAACAUCCAGUGGCAUAUUGCUAUUUCACUGGCAUGUGAUUGUGGAGGUCAAGUUGUAAUUACAGUCGAAGUCCAAAACACAUGCUGUGUAAAAUGUUACACAAGCCAACCGUAGAGGAUGACAAGAGUUUGUCACAUCAGUCUCAUGUGUACAACAUUUUACUUUAAGGCUGUUGUAGUUGCUCAGCAUAUGCUAAUAUUUCUUUCUGAGUAGCCCAAUUACAGUUGGAAUAGACUGUAAUUCACACAAGUUGUGUCAAAACCAUACAUAGAUCUGCAACUGUCAUUACUUCAGUAUGACAGCUAUGCUAUCUGUAUUAGUAACCCCCCACCUGGUCUCAGUUUUACUUAAAAAUAGUUUCAAAAAGAAGAAAAAAAACAGUCAAAUGUCAAGGUUCCUCUGUGUGUCUAGCUGUGCUGUAAAACUCAUUAUGCUGUUAUGUGUCAGUGACUCCUGUUGCAACACAGUGAACCAGCCUCUUUCACUGCCUGUGACCAAAACAUUUACUCAGGCCCAAUGGGGUACAGUCAUAUUUAAAUCAGAAGAACACAUGGGCCAAGUCUCAGUACUAACGUGGAGCAGGUGACCCGUGUAUUUAUCUUGUAAUGUUUUGCCACUACAUCUACAGAAGGAAAAAAAACAGUAUCACGUGACCCUCAGAACUGCUGUCAGUGUAUUUAGGCAUAUCACAGGGCUCAUGCAAUUUUUUUUUAAGAAUUAAUAAUAACAGAGGAAUCAAGAAACACAUUUAGAACAAGAUGUCACUUAAAUCUUAUAGCAAAGGUUAACAAAAAAGAUAAUAUAAUAAGGAAGGAAAUGUGGUUGAGUUUUCAGAUAAUUAUUUUGCUGUGCCAAUCUUAAUUUUUUUUUAUUCCAGACCCAUUGGUUCUUAAUUCUAUGCAACAUAGAUGUGUCUGAAUGCAUUUGUUUUUUUGGAACUAACUGUUAUAUUUGUGAACAUAUGGUCAAAAAAUAUGUCUUAGAAAUGUCUUAUGUAGAAAAAUAACUUUAAUUUGUACAUCAUUGAAAGAAAUAUUAACUAUAUUGAUUUUUUUACUGAUCUUAAUAUAAAUUGAUGUUAACAGCUGUUAACAUCUACAUGAAGCUUGUGCACUUUAUUAUUACAUUGUUUAUUUCCUUGUCUCAUUUUAACUUUCAUGACAAGCAAGAUUAUGUGUUUUGUGUUCCUGCACCGAAAUGAACUGAGUCAUGGUGUAUGUGGUGGCAGAAAAUAUUGUGGUGUGCAUUUUGUAUUAAUGUGGCAAAAGAAUACAUGCUGACAUGCUGGGGUUCCUAAACACAAUGCACAAUCUGGGAAGAUAUCACCCUAAUACAUUAUGCUCAUAGUCUACUUAACAGUCUGUGUACAAAAAACAGUAAAUAAAACCUAUUCCCUCAAUGCUCAGUCAUGACUGUUUAACCCCUUGUGUUUCAUUAAACUUCCCUCAAGCUAAAUACUGUUUGUUAAGAUCAGCUGUUGCCUGUAAUUGUGAAACCAUCCAUUUGUUGUUGUUCUGAGGAGUGUGAAUGUGACUUAAGUCCUUUGACAUGUGUACAUACAAGUGUUUAUUUUCUACAAAGAUUGAAUGUUUAUAUUGUCUGAAGUUUGAGCAUGUGAGUGUUGAAAAAAAUCACAAAAGACUUACUGUACAGCAAUGCGUGUCUAUAGUUGUAUAAGGGGAGUUGACUGUGUAAUCAAAACGUGUGCUGUCAUCCAAUGACUAUCUGUGCAACCACGUCCCGUAAACAGCUGAAACAACACAAAGGGAAAAAAAUCUAUUCAACUUCAAUAGUUGUCAGAGACUUUAUGUUUUGGAUGUUGCAUGUUUUGUUGAUGGUUUGUCUGUAUAUUUUGCCUACAGAUUAUGUUUAAAAAGAGACAGAAUAUGUAUAGAUUUAUCUGUAUGCUGAUUGUAAAGAAAUAUGCUUGUAAAAUUGUCUUGUUUUUCACUCAGUGUAAAAACAAAGAAUCUACUGUUAUGGUUUUGUGGUUGUACACAGGAUGUGUUGAGAUAUUAUGCAAAUUGUGCUGUAACAAAUCAGCUGUUUCCCCUGAGUCUAAAGAAUAAAUAU